AUGGGUUUUAAAACGAAACAAAAAGAUUUUACAGAGGAGGAUUUGGAACAAAUUCCUUGCCUUCUUGAUCCCAAACACACCAUCGCGAGACAUCGAAUGAGCUAUCAUUUGAAACGAUGUAACGCGAGACCUAUACAAAGAACGGAACCGUACUAUCAUCAAGAUUUGAACUUGGAUCCUCUUGAUGAUGACUCAAAGCAAUACCAGUUUGAACUUUCGCAGCUUUCAAAAGAAGAAAUUCAUGAAUGGAUCGAUCUAUUCAUGCAUGUUGGUAAUAGCCUUCCUUUGCCGGAAACCGAAGUACUUUUUCAUCCUGUAAUGCAUGCUAGAUGGAGCGAAUGCAAAAACAAGAAACAUGCGGUUCAACAGGCUUCUUUGUUAGGUCAUAUGGAUAAAGCAUCCUUUUUUGAAGCACCAGAAAGCGUUUACUUUGAAUUCGGCGCUGGUCGUGGUGAAUUAUCUCGUUAUGUGCAUCAUUGUCAACCCAAGCGCAAUGUUUAUAUCCUGAUUGACCGGGAUUCCAAUCGGCUGAAGCAUGACUCCAGGAUAAUUAAAGACUCUCAAAUUUAUGGUUGGUCAAUUCCUGAAGUAGUUCGCUGCAAGAUUGAUAUUAAGGAUUUUAGAAUUCAGCACUUUGCGGAUCAGAAAGUGCAUAACGAAUCCGGAACUGAGAAACCUCAAUUUGCUUACUCCAAGCAUUUGUGCGGCGCUGCUACAGAUCUUACAUUGAAUAGUAUAAGGAAUUCCUCUAUGAGAGCUGUUUUAAUUGCUUUGUGCUGUCAUCAUCAUUGCCGAUGGGAAGCUUUAUCUUCGCAUUCACGCUUACAACUAGAAAAGUGGGGAAUUCGUGGAGUCAAAGCUUUUCAAGUACUCCGUCAAAUGACAGGUUGGGGCAUCAAUAGUCUUCGAGAGAAUAUGCAAGCUUCGGGUGGUGCUGACACUCAUUACAGCGGCUUGACGCAUGAGGAGCGUGUUCAAAUAGGUCUGAAGUGCAAACACAUCAUUAAUACCCUUCGGAAGCUUGAUUGCGAGCGUUUGGGCUACAACACACGCCUUGUAUAUUAUGUGAAUUCAGAUGUUACAUUAGAGAAUGUCGCCCUUUUAGCACGAAAAAAGUAA